AUGGCCGACCAACAAGCUCGAAUACACACUCAACCUUCCAAUCGCGCGAGACCGAAGGAUGCUAAAGAGAAGAAAGCGGUCUUCAAAGGUGUGCUAGAUAGUCCCCUCCGUAUUCAAUGGCCCUCCGUCCCCUUAAACCUCCAAAACUCUAUCUUGGCGUCAAUAAUUCAGCUUCUAGAUGGUGCCUCCAAUUACUUUGACCAACGUUCCUCACUGAACCGUAAACGGAAACGGGCUUCAAAAAUCUCUGAAGUUUCCCCUCCGCAAGAGAAGAGACGCAAAAUUGCAGUUGACGAGACCAUGGUACCUGUGGACAGCGAGUCUAAUGCUACGCCUCAAACCGCAACCAACCCCGAUUUGGACUUGUGCGAAACUGUAGACGAUGUUUCACUGACCAAGAAAGUUCCAGAACCACCACUUCUCUUGCAUCAUCUAGUAUAUGGCAUUAAUGCAGUCACGAAAGUCCUCGAGAUUCAGGUCCAGAAUGCCCAUCGCCCGGUGAUCUUCAGUGUCCAAGAACAGGCUUCUAAGAAUUUAACGCGCUUAAAAUACGUCUUCGUUUGUCGAGCCGAUGUGGACCCACCCUUGCUCAUCGAUCAUCUACCUCAUCUUGUGGCGGCAUUCAAUUCGAAUUGUCCAAGCAAACCUAUCAAAAUAGUUCCCCUUCCGAAGGGCUCGGAGUCCACCCUUGCGCAGACUUUGGGAAUCCGUCGGGCGGCUGUUCUGGCAAUCAGUACCAAUUACCCUGAACAAGACGGUCUACUGCCGCUGCUGGAUCGGAUUCCUGUUCUCUCUGCGCAAUGGCUCUCCAGGGCAGACCCUUCUCGAAGUCUUUUUGCAACUCAUGUCAAACAACUUCGUACUACGGCUCCUAAAGAUAUGAAAGUCUCCAAGGAACUGCGAAAUCAGGGGAGAGAGAGGGCAAAACUGAAAAAUAGAGAGCAUUUGUUGAAAUGA